AUUUUACUCAAAUAUAAAAAAAUCAAGUAGUAGCACACAUUACAUAAGUAGCCACAGAAAACACACGCAAAUACGCACGGUGGAUAAAUCACUUUAAUCAAAUUUAUUGUAACCAUGGCAAUGGAAACUAUUCUGGGGAUCAAGGGACCCGACUUUGUGAUGCUCGCUUCGGAUACGAUGCAGGCCAAGUCCCUGAUUUUUAUGAAAGAUGAUCAAUCAAAAAUACACCGCCUCUCGGACUUCAACAUAAUGGCCACAGUGGGCGAUGGCGGCGAUACGCUACAGUUCACGGACUACAUAUCGAAGAACCUGCACCUGUACAAGGUUGCCAACGGAUAUCACCUGAGUGCCAAGGCAGCGGCCCAUUUCACACGGAAAACACUGGCGGAUUACAUAAGAACGAACACGCGGUACCAGGUGGCCAUGCUGCUGGCAGGAUUCGAUGCCGUCGAGGGUCCCGACCUGCACUACAUCGACUCCUAUGGCGCCGCUCAGCCCAUCAAUCACGCUGGCCACGGAUGGGGCAGUAUGUUCUGCGGCAGCAUCCUUCAGAGAUUCUGGCACUCGCAGCUCACCCAAGCGGAGGCCUACUCCUUGAUGAGGAAGUGCGUCCUGGAGAUCCAGAGGCGUCUGAUCAUCAACCAGCGGAAUUUUGAGGUCUACGUGGUGGACAGCAAGGGAAUGCGCAAGAUGGAGGCCAUCAAUCCGGGAUCACUCAGCAAGGAGGCGAUUAGCCUGUGCUGGUAGAGCUGGAAACAUUUAAAUUCCAUCCUAAUGCCUAAUAAUUGUGCAGUUGCUUUUUCGGCAAACUUUCACUGCGUUGCUCGAACAAUUUCCCAGGGAUUAGUUGACGUGACCGGCUUGGUUUUGAGUGGGUGGAAGCGAUGUUAGUGGGGCUACUACAUGCCAUGGUCGACUGCCUCCGUGUAUUAGCAUAUGUGGCCUGCUCUUGUUCGCCCAGUGAGCCAUCUGCCUGAAUGUGGGUGGCUCUGUAUUUGCUUGCGCAACAAUGAAAAAAGCUGCACUCGAAAAAAAUUAUAGUUAGGAUUAUUAAAAAUAUUCUUUGGAAUGAAAAAUUAUUUUUUG